AUGCCUCAUGACAAACAAGACAGAGACACGGAGGAAAUCGAAGAUGAGAGCAAGAAUAUCAUUCUUGGAAUUGUGUCUCAAUUGAGACCGAACAUGGACUUAUCAAAGGUAACGCUCCCUACGUUUGUUUUGGAGCCAAAAUCGAUGUUGGAACGUAUUACCAACUUUAUGAGUCAUCCAGAUUUCCUGCUUCCAGUUCCUCAUGUACCUUCCGCUGAAGAAAGAUUUCUAGACGUGUGUCGAUUCUACCUUUCAGGAUGGCAUAUUCGCCCUCCAGGUGUGAAAAAGCCAUUGAACCCAGUUUUGGGAGAGACAUUUACAGGGUUUUGGAAGUUUCCUCCUUCUGGUCCCUCAAGUCCUGGGUUGGAAAACCUGAAUGGUGCCGCGGUAUAUAUUUCUGAGCAGGUGUGCCACCAUCCUCCCAUCAGUGCCUAUUUUUAUUAUUGUCCCCAAUAUAAAAUUCGCGUUGACGGUGUGCUAAAACCUAGAUCACGAUUCUUAGGCAACUCUGCAGCGAGUAUUAUGGAGGGAGUUGCCAGUAUGAAGUUUAUUGAACGGAACGAGGAGUAUAUCCUAACCCAGCCUAAUAUGUAUGCUCGUGGCAUUUUGUUUGGCAAAAUGCGUAUAGAGUUAGGAGACCACGUUACCGUGCGUUGUCCAAACACGGAUUUGGCAGCUGAAAUUGAAUUUAAAGUGAAGGGCUUCAUUAGUGGAACUUACAAUUCCAUUGCAGGAAAAGUAAAGCGUAUAAGCACAGGUGAGGUGUUAUACAAGCUUUCUGGAAAGUGGGAUUCUGAAAUUAUCUUGGAAAAUGCUAGCACAGGAAAGUCAUCUACAUUUUUGGAUGUCUCAGAAUUGCCCGUGUAUCCCGUCACGUCUCGGCCCUUGGAAGAGCAAGAAUCUCACGAAUCACAAAAAUUGUGGUAUGACACAUGCGAAGGUGUUAAAGCUCGAGACCAAUCUGUCGCAACAAAGUCAAAGACUGCGAUCGAAGAUAAUCAACGCGAGAAGGCUAAAGCACGAGAAGCUAACAAUGAAAAAUGGCAUCCAAGAUAUUUCAAACAAACUGGACCCGAAGAAUAUGAGCUUAACAUGGAUAUUCCAUACAACGCACCUGACGCCGAAGUACUCUGUAGAUUAGACAGUUUUAUACCAAUUUUUAGUGAAAGAGAUCGUGCACACUUUCGAAGCCUUGUUGGUGGAGGCUCAGGACCCCGAUCCUCAACCCAAAGACCGGACCCUCAUAAGCAAGUAAGGGAUUUCGACAAGGCAGGAUUGAAUGGAAAUUGUCCUCCAAACAUGCGUGAUAGACCUAACCCAGCUUCUAGUUUCGUAACAUACCGAAGUGAUAAUGGAUCUGUAGACGAAUAUCAUGAUGCUCAAUUGCCGGAUCAAAAAAUUCUCUCACAAUUAGAGGAAAAUUAA